GUGAAGGGCCGCGCAUGCGCGCUGGUUGAGUGGGGGAGGCCACCGGCCGGUCAAACUUUUGCCAUGGCAGGCCAUGGUGGGGCCGAGACGGUGCUGUUUAAACGCGGCGCCGGGCAGAGCGACGAUUCGGACAUCUGGGAUGACACCGCGCUGAUCAAGGCGUACGAUAGAGCGGUGGCGUCAUUUAAGAAUGCUCUAAAGAAUGGUGAGUGUUCGGAGCCUUCGGACAAACAAGAACAAUGCUCAGGAACAAAGAGAAAAAAUAACAAAAAGAACAGAAGUAGGAAGAAAAGCAACGCAGCACCGUUGAAACAGUGGAGAGUUGGUGAUGCCUGUAAUGCAGUUUGGUCUGAGGAUGGCAAUGUGUACCUAGCAACUAUUGCCUCAAUUGAUCAGAAGAGAGGGACCUGUGUUGCUGUUUACACUGGGUACGGAAAUAGGGAAGAGCACAAUCUAUCCGAUCUGCUUCUUCCGAACACCGUUGAAAAAGAAAACGAGGAGCAGAAUGCUGAGGAGCAUGAAAAUGAAACUCAGUAUUCAACAGAUGAAAGUGAAAAGUUCUCCCAGUCACCUGGAAACAGAUACAACUCUACAAAAUUAAAAUCCUCUCACUGGAACUCCCAUUUUCCAUCUCCUCCACCACCAGGCCUGGGAAGGCCUGGACCAAAAUUUAGUGGACCACCACCCUUCUUACCAAGCUGCCCCCCACCAUUCCCAGCAGGACCACCGUUGAUUCCUCCUCCACCACCCAUGGGUCCAGAUUCUCCUGAAGAUGAGGAAGCUUUGGGAAGUAUGUUAAUAGCCUGGUAUAUGAGUGGUUAUCACACGGGCUACUAUCUGGGUUUAAAACAGAGCCGAAUGGAAGCUGCCUUGGAGAGAUGUCCUCACCCUAAAUAACUGAAUAUCACUUACUAUCUUGAGCAAUUCCAGGUACAAAUAUCUCUGGGAGAGAUGUCACUUGUAUAUUGGCUGAUAUGAAGAUCUGAUUUUUUUUAAACAACAAAGACUAACUAUCUUAACAUCUCGAGUCCUUUGUAUUUUAAUAGUGAACCAUCUGACUGAAUGAGUGCAACACCAGACUUCUUAAGAAUGCAUGAAUGACUAUUUUGCUACUUUAAAGGCAACCAGCAAGAUAUAUAUUUAAAAAGCACUGCAGCAAUAAAAUGACACCUGCCCAAUUAACUUGUUUAAUGCUAAUGUUAUGGAUUUUGAAAAUACUGUACAGAUCCCUUUUGAAACAAGAAGUGGUUACAGAGGGGCUGCUCUCUGCAUUGUUGUAUCUUACAUUUUUAAAUUCGUAAUUAAUUUUGAUCAGAAGUGAGAAGUACAAAAUAUUUAAUGUAGAUACCAGUAGGCAGCCAUGUAUGUAAUUGUGACUGCAGGUGGGAGUUAAACACAUUAAAUAUCCUAUGAGUAGGAUCAGAACCUUGAACAUAAAGCAAUGAGUGGGGGAAGGCUCAUUUAUGAGUUGUUGCUAUACUUAUUUUGCAUGUUUGUAAAUAAAAUUUACUCAAACUUUGAA